CUCCAGGAAGAAAGCUCCAUGUGAACGGCUUUCCCCAAAGUUAUCGUUAAUUACAGGAGGCCUGAAGCGUGCCGGUCCGCGGUGUUUCAGCGAGUCUCCUCCUUUAGCGACAAGGUCAGGAUCUAACUUUACAUGACAGUCCCAAUGGCCAGCCGCCUUUUGGGCAGAUGUGCCCGUCUGGUCUGCAGGGCCUCCUCCAAGACGCCAGCUGCUGCUGCCCGCCUGCCUCCGCCUGUGGCUGUGCCCGCAGAGAGGAAGAGGGCUCAGGGCUGGCCAAUGGUUACAGAACGGUUAAUGUCCGUGGGAAGGACAAUUGACAAGGAAGACCACUUUCCAAACACGCCUACGCGGACCCAUCUGGAUGAGUUGUUGGAAAAGGCAGUCGUGCCAGAGGACAUCCUGUUGGCCUGGGCCGAACAUGGACAGAAUGGUAACCAAGCUGCUAAUGCCCUGAUGAAAUGGACUCUGUUGGUGCUAAGGACGAGGGAUGGCAAGUUUAAGGAACAAAAAGCAGAACUGAUGAGCGAUUCAAGGUUACUGGAUAUGAUGGCUACAGUAUCUGGGCAGGUGUCUGCAGUGUGGAAUGGCAAUCUAGUGUCUGUCCUGCGAUCUUUCUGGAUUAUGGGUCUGCCCUCCACUGAUUCAGUACUCAAUUCUGUUCAGACUGAGGUCCUGUGGCGAGUCCGCAGGCUAACCUAUAAGCAGUUGGGCUAUCUGGCAGAUUGGGGAGCAGGCAGGAAAGGACAGCAAGACGUGGCAAUAGUGAACGCUGCAUUAAAACAGCUGGAACUGCGUUGGACUGAAAUUGCCGAUGCUAAAACUGUCAGUGGAUUGAUAGCCAAUGGACAACGCAUGUCACCUGCCUUAACAGACAGACUCGAAGACAAGGCUUUGGAGCUCGCAGAGGGCUUUUCAACAGAGGAGAUCCGCAAAGUCUGUAUGUCUUUGGCAGUUCAGAGCCGCAGAUCAGUCCCGCUGCUCAGAGCUUUGUCCUACCACCUUUUCCAGAAGUCAUCGGCAGAGUUCACCACUCCACUCAUACUUGACAUUGCUUUUGCAUACGGGAAGUUGAAUUUCCACCAUUCUCAGAUAUUUCAGCGAAUGGCCUCCGAGUUGUUACCCAGGGUCCCUUUGCUCAGCUCUGCUGACGUCACGCGCUGUGCUAAAUCACUGGGCUUCCUUAAGUGGCUCCACGUCCCUCUCUUUGAGGCCUUUGCCGAGCACUUCACUGAGAACAGUCAGAAUUACAGCACCCUUCAGCUGUGUAAUCUGCUCAUGACCUUUGCCAGACUGAGCUUUCAGCCCAGCAAAGGAGAAGAGUUCUUUAGCAAGGUUCACUCUGUCAUGGAUGGCUCUCUCUCCGGCCUGGAGCCCUUCUUGCAGACAGAUGUGGUUUGGGCUUUGUGUGUUCUACAGCAGGUCAGGCCCCACCACCUCAUCCCCCUCACGCAACAAAAUCACAUUAGCAAACUGUCAGAGGGCAGUCCAUCCAGAGUGGAGAAUUAUCGGCUGAAGCUCCUCCACGUUGCUGCUACUCUCCACUUGGAGCACCCGGGUUCCUCAGAUACUCCAGUCUCCCUGAAGGCCCUGUCUGUACCGGUCAGGAGCGCCCCCCUCUCCUCCCUGCAGAGCAGUCUUAGAGGGAGUUUACAGAGUUUGGUUGGUGGGAGGACAGAGGCCCUUCGCACUGGGGUUGACACUGUUUAUGGAUGGACUAUUGAUGGUGAGCUGGUGUUGGAUUGUGACAACAAACCAGUUGAUAUGUUUAUGCUGAAAGCCGCUCACCUUCCCAGUGGAGGAGGAGACCGGGCUUUACCUGUAGGGGCACAUCGGCUUGCUUUCUUGGCUUGGGAAUUUCCAAACUUCGGCUCGAAGAGUAAAGACCUUUUGGGACGGUUUGCCAUGAUGAAGCGACAUCUCCAGUUGGCUGGCUUCAUCACAGUGGAGGUGCCAUAUUAUGACUGGCUGGAGCUGAAGACCGAUUGGCAGAAGUUGGCGUACCUGAAGGAUAAAAUGGGGAAGGCCGUGGCCGAGGACAUGGCCAAGUGAACCAAUCAGUCUGGCAGACGGCUAAAUCAGAGCUUUCCCAAUCAAAUGGGUCCAAAGGAAAUACCCACGCACACCCACGUGCAUGGCAGAAAAGCUCUCUCAUACUUUGGCAGAAGAAAAAAAACCAAACAUAUUUUAGCUCUGGUUCCCUUGGCAACACGUGGGGCUUUCCCUGUUUCCAUGGUGAUGGUAAGCGAGGCUUUUGGAGCCAUAGAGAGAGACAGAAAUAAAUACAAAAGAGUCCUUCUGUAGAUAUUAUAUGAUCAAUGACUGAGUCACCUCUCAAAACAGAAGCACCACUUGUAUAAUUUAGGUAAAAACGUUGGGUUUAAUAUCGGCAUGUGAAUGGAUUGGAAUAAUUUAAUCUGUGAAUUUGUGUCCACUUGUUAUUGAAUAAAUUGUUUUAUUGCCAUU